AUGGCCUUGCAUCUCUUCCCCGCUUCUCUUCACCCAAUCUCAAACCUUUCUUCAUCAUCAUCAUCUCGAUCGAAACAGAGACACCUCCUUCUCCAACUCUCUCCUCCUCCUCGCCUCCGUUCUGAGCUGAGCCAAAGCGGUGUCACCGAAGAAAACGACAACGAUCCGUCUUCCUCCGGUUCAUCAUCAGCACGCACACAGUUAGAUCUCCUCGAACAGCUAACUUCCACUAGCGACGGGUACUUAAGUGAUGGUGGUGGCUUGAGGGGACUAACAGUUCGUGAUCAAUUGGCUGGGCUUGUUGGUGACAGAGACGAUGAUUUCACCAUUCCCUUGGGUAAGAACUUGAAGAAAGUGAGUCCUAAGUUCUUAACCACUUCUCAGAAAAGGAACAUUAAGAGGCAAAGCUAUCUUAACGAGGUCUCUCGGAGGAAUGACUCUGUUUUCUUUGCUACUAUCGGCGCCUUUGUUAUCCUUCCACCUUUGUUGAUCCUUGCGAUUGCUAUCUUAACUGGAUAUGUUCAACUCUUCCCAUAA